AUGAAACCUUAUGGCUCCCGACACCCCAUCAUCUACCUUCAGUUCAUUCCUGAUGGCCCUCCCAGGAACUACGCCAUUGCCACCACUGCAUUUUCCUGCAUCGCUUCUGUGGCUUAUGCCAUAGAAGUGGUCUGGACCUGUGUCCACGCUGAGGCCGCCUCCUGCUCCUUUCCAGGCCUGCUCAAAAGGCUGGAGAUUUUUGUGGCUUGUGUCAUCUUCGCCUUCAUCAGCAACCCCUCCCUGUACCAGCACCAUCUGGCCCUGAGGUGGUGUGUGGCCGUGUACUCCAUCUGCUCCAUCCUGGUGACCGUGGCCAUCCUGGAACACAAGUGUGAAUGUGACAUAAGGCCGCCCUUCACCUGUUUCAUGUUGUGUCAGACAGUGGUCUCCACCCUCUUCUACCUCACUGCUGUGGUCCUCUGGCCUCUUCAGUUCAACGAGGAGUUUGGAGGUCAGCCCCAGUGGUCCAGCGAUGCCACCUGCAGCAGUGGGAUCUUCAUGUGUGUCUGGGACCAACGACUGGCUGUGGCCAUCCUGACAGCCAUCAACCUGCUGAUUUACGUGGUUGACCUCGUGUACUCCAUCGACCUGUUUUGUGUUAGUUAACUGAGGAUCAGACCAGGGGCUCCCAUUUCCCUCUUCUUACCAAGUCUUAUGUCCCACAUGCCCUGACGCCCUCUUCCUGGCUCCCUCUCUCCCUUCUCACCUCCUUCCCCACUCAUCUCAUUCUCUUUUCUGUUCCUUCCUUCUGCUCUGUCUCCCUUCCUAUUCUUUUUGGUUGCCCACAUCCUGUUUGCCUCUUUUUCUGCCUCAUAUUUUCUGACUUUUGGCCCUUUUCUGGUCAUCCUUAGUUUUCUCAUCUCGUGUCCUGACUGCCUCUUGCUCCCAUUUGCCUUCUCUUUGUCAAUAGGGAUGCUGAAAUCUCUGAUCCAGUUGCCAUGGUGUGGUGUAGACCAAAGCUGCAGUUCCAAUUCAAUCCCUAGGCCAGGAAGUCCUAUAGGCAAUAGUGCAGCUAUAAAAAGAAGAAGAAGAAAAAAAAGAAUGUCUUGUUAAAGACAAAUACCAAAGUUAGCAAAACUAAACAGUGGGCUUAGUAAAGAGGUAAAAAUGUGAAUUACAUAAAAAUACAUUAAAACAUUGUCUUUUAGGAAAAUUAAAUUUUUAAAUUAUGUCUAUUUAUAGAUAUACAAACAUACAUACAAACAGAUAUACAA